AAGAAAUCUAUACAGAUUCUAACACUCAGUUCUUAUCUCUCAAAGUCUUGCGUGGAUCUGAUGUAUCUUUGCGAUGUGACGUUCCUCUCCUGAACGAAUCCUCCACAUUGCUCUGGGAGAAAGACGGAGAAAUAAUAUCCAACACCACACUGAUCUACAACAACUCUGCCUACAUCAUCUUACACACUGUUGAUGAACACAGUGAAGGCAAAUAUUACUGUAGAUUGAUGGAAGAUGGAAGAGUAAAAACUGUAGGGAUUCACACACUUAAUGUCGCUCCAUAUACUUCUACCCAAAGUAUAAAAUUAAAAAAACAUUUCAUUUAUAGACAAAGCUCCAAUAAUAGUGAUUUAUUACUCAUCUGCAAAAAUAACAGGAAUAUUUUUGAGAGCUUUAAGUGGACCUGGGAGCCGAGGCCUAAUUCACAGAUUGAUCUGAUAGUCUCUGAAAAAGGAAGACAAAAUCAGUUAAAAGGACCAAUUGCACCAGGGAGAUGUUCUUCAACCGAAUACAACGGUCAAGUUUUAAUCUUUCACAUCUCACCUGUGUACUUCAAUUACACUGGAACAUACAACUGUUUUACAGGAGCUAGAGUCUACACAACAAUAACACUACACACCAUCAGAGUCUCAGUGGAGCCCCCUUAUGGUGUGUUGAGGAAUCAGUCAGUGGUUCUUACCUGUGAGCUUUCUGAAGUAACUGAGUCAGUAAGGUUGGUCUGGCUCAGGAUGGAGGGGAACAGAGGAGUUCUAGUCAAACAGCAAAUUAUGACUGAGAAAAAUAACAAGUUACAACUCACAGUGAAUCUAUCCAGCUAUGAAACAGACCCGCUGAACUGGCAGUGUGCAGUUUUUACUGAGAAUACACUCAGAGCUCUGGCCUCUAUAACAAGCAGUCUUAUCUUAUCAACUACAAAUACUCCAAGUAUGUCAACAGAAAAUUUGAAUGUAACAAACAAAGCAGUCAACAAUCAUGCAAAGGCAACAGUAUUCUGUGUUUUGGCUCUGUUUACUGGGAUUCUGCUUGGCAUUCUCUUGUGUUACUGUUACAAGAAACGAAAGUCAAUGCACUCUGACCCUCAAGAGUCUGAACCAGUCUACAUCAAUAUCAGCCAAAUGAGGAAUGAUAGAGUAGAGCACAGCAGCACACUGGAAAACAGAGAAAACAGUCCUGAAAUAUACCGUAAUAUCAGAAGAAACAGAUACGGAAAAACAAACAUAAAUAAAAGAGAUGAGACAACAGUUACACCAGACAGUGUGACCUACGCAACCAUUUUUUUUAACAAUUCCAGGUUCCAGACUUAGACAUAACUCCCCAAUAUCAUUAUGAAAACAAUAGGAAGAGAGAGUUUUGUCAUUUGUUUACUUUAAGCUUUGUGAAUCUCAAACUAUUGUAUCAUGGAGAAAGUAUAACGUUUUCUUUAUAAAACAGCAGAUGGCGCUGUCUGACUACAUCAACUAUCAGCUGAGUAGGUUUAGGGGUGUUGUGUGAUCAAAAACAUCUAACUGUCUUCAGUGAACCAUCACCAUAACCGGCUGAAAAUGUAUAAUUGCAUCCCUGAAUUAAUGUUGUGUUAGUCACAUGUGUACAAGCAUCAACUUAAGUGAAUAUUAUUAUUACUUUACAUAUGUUAUGGUAUUAUAGCCACCUUCAUGUAAGUGCAAGUAUACUAGUAAAAUGGCCAUUUGAUGGCACUGUUUGAAAACAUACUUGAAAUAUAACAAUAAUA